AUGACUCAACUCCUAGUCGUCUUCGGCGCCACAGGCCAACAGGGCAGCUCGGUCAUCAACCACGUCCUGUCCGACCCCGUUCUCUCCAGCAAAUAUUUCCUCCGCGGCGUCACCCGAGAUGUCACCAAACCCGCCGCGCAGGAUCUCCAAAAGAAAGGCGUGGAGGUCGUCCCAGGCAACCUCGACGACCCGGCAUCCAUCCACGCCGCCCUGCGCGGCGCACACACCGUCUUCGCCAUGACACGCACAGUCUACGACGAGCAGGCCCAAGCCCGCGACGAACGACAAGGCAAAACCAUCGCCGACGCGGCCAUAGCCAGCGGCGCACAGUACCUAAUCUGGAGUUCGUCGGUACACGCCGGCAACACCUCCGGCGGGAAGUAUCCCGUCCCGGCGUACGACGCCCACUACAACGUCGAGCAGUAUAUCCGCGGCCUCCCCAUCCGGAGUGCGUUUGUGGCGCCGGGGACCUUCAUGCAGAAUCUGCGCGGCAUGAUGUGGCCCCGGCCGCGCGAGGACGGGUCGUACGUCAUCGCCAACAUCCACAGUCCGCAGGCGCGGUUCCCCUGGCUGGAUGUCGAGGCGGAUAUGGGCAAGUUUGUGGGUGUUGUUCUUGCGGAGCCGGAGAAGUAUCAGGGGAAGGUUCUGGCUGCGUCAUCGUGCAUUCAUUCCUUUGAGGAGGUGGUGCGGAUUCUGAGUGCGGUCUCUGGUAAGACGAUGAAGUAUGUGGAGAUGCCCGAGGCGAAGUUCCGAGAGUUCUGUCCUCCUGCUGGUGCGGAUGCUAUUGUGAAUAUGUUUUGGUUUAUUCAGGAGUUUGGGUAUUAUGGUGCGGAGACUGAAAAGGUGGUGGAGUGGUCGGUCCAGCAGGUCAAUAUGGAGGACUUUGCCAAAACUAUUCAGUUUGCGUAG